AUAUGAGAAUUCGAAAGCAGUGGGAAGUGAUGUUGGACCUAUCACAGCAUUGCUAACAGACAGCCUAUUACAGUAUUUAAUAAAAACAGAAACAGCAUGCCUAUCAUAGGCUAAUAAAUUCUACCUCCUGCACGCUUUAAAAACAGUAUGAAGCAGCUUUAACGGAGCUUCUGAUAACUAAUUUCAAGCAUGGCUGUCUAGCGUGCCUGUCACUCCUAUUGUCCUCCCAAACUCUUUCAGACAUUUUGAGCAGAGAGUAUUAAAGCUAUGAGUUAGCAAGGGUUGUGACAUUAAUGGUCCAGAAAGGCUUUAGGCACGCGAGGCAAUGAUGAUUACCGGUGGCUACUUGGAGGACUGCACUGGAUCGCUGUCAUUAAAAAUUAAGCGUGGCUUUUGAGGAAGAUGUGACAACUACCGGAGGUCUUUCCGCCAUUCCUCCAGGACUUCUACCAUAAGGAAAGAAGCCCCUGGACCAACAUCCUCUAAGAUGUUUAUAUGGACCAGUGGCCGGAGCUCUUCAUCUUACAGACAUGAUGAGAAAAGAAAUAUUUACCAAAAAAUCAGGGACCACGACCUCCUGGACAAAAGGAAAACUGUCACAGCACUGAAAGCAGGAGAGGACCGGGCCAUUCUCCUGGGACUGGCCAUGAUGGUCUGCUCCAUCAUGAUGUACUUUCUGCUGGGAAUCACACUCCUGCGCUCAUACAUGCAGAGCGUGUGGACAGAAGAGUCUCAGUGCACCUUGGUGAAUGCGUCCAUCACAGAAACCUUUAAUUGCUCCUUCAGCUGUGGUCCGGACUGCUGGAAACUCUCUCAGUAUCCCUGCCUCCAGGUGUAUGUUAACCUGACAUCUUCUGGUGAAAAGCUCCUUCUCUACCACACAGAAGAGACCGUGAAAAUCAAUCAGAAGUGCUCCUAUAUACCUAAGUGUGGAAAAAAUUUUGAAGAAUCCAUGUCCCUGGUGAAUGUCGUCAUGGAAAACUUCAGGAAGUAUCAACAGUUCUCCUGCUAUUCUGACCCAGAAGGAAACCAGAAGAGUGUCAUCCUAACCAAACUCUACAGUUCCAAUGUGCUGUUCCAUUCACUGUUCUGGCCAACAUGUAUGAUGGCUGGGGGCGUGGUAAUCGUUGCCAUGGUGAAACUCACACAGUACCUCUCCCUGCUCUGUGAGAGGAUCCAGCGGAUCAAUAGAUAAAAGCAAAAUGGAUGAGAUCAUUUUCUUUAAAGCUCAAAUACUGUUUUCUUUCAUUCUUCACCAAAGAACCUUAAGUUUGUAAUGUGCAGUCUGUUAUGAGUUCCUUAAUAUAUUCUUAUACGUAGAGCAAUAAUGCAAAAGCUGUUCUAUAUGCAAACAUGGUGUCUUUAUUAUUCAGGAGAAGAAAUAACUGUUUUGUGUUGGUUAGUUGUUUUCAUAAUCUUCUUUUGAUGCUGGAACUAGUACUUCCUUCUCUCGUUCUGCCAAAACAGGGCUCAGUUAUUCAUUUGCCAAGCUUUGUGGAGGAAUGUAGACGAUAUCAACAUGAUAAAGUUUGUGUUCUCAAUUGUCA